GUCCAAGUAGACACUCUCACCUCGCUGCUCUCAUCUCUGUCUCUCCCUCUGUCUCUCUCUGUGUGGAAAGUCUGAAAAUGGCGACCUUCGAGAUACGGAGAAUGUGUGUGUGAAGCAUUCUCGGAAGCUGCACGCACUCCGCAGCGACGAUGCUCAGGAGGUAUCAGCUCUGGUCAUGGCUCCUCCUCAGCCUCCUUUUCCACCUCUCCGCUUCCUCAGCUCGUCCCCCACCCUUUGCCAUGCGCAUUAGUUGUGGAGCACGCCAGAAUGUCCAUACGCAACCGACCGACACUCUUUGGAACAAGGAUUUUGCAUACACUGGAGGGAUACCCUUCAAUGCAACGACACCGAGUUUCAUAACACCUCCUCUUAAAACUCUUCGUUACUUUCCCCUGUCUGAAGGGCCUAACAAUUGUUACAAUAUCAAUAGAGUUCCGAAGGGACGCUACUCGGUGAGGAUUUUUUUUGGAUUGGUUGCAAAACCCACUAUUGAUAACGUACCACUCUUUGACAUUUCUGUUGAGGGCACUCAGAUCAGUUCACUAAAAUCGGGUUGGACCAGCCAUGAUGAGCAAGCAUUCGCUGAAGCUGUGUUAUUUCUUACAGAUGGCACUGCUUCUAUUUGCUUCCAUAGCACUGGUCAUGGAGAUCCAGCAAUCAUUUCGAUUGAAAUUCUUCAGGUUGAUGAGAAUUUAUAUGAUUUUGGAGCACAACGUGGCCAAGGGAUAAUCCUUAGAACAGUCACACGAUUGACCUGUGGGACAGGGAAGCAUAAGUUUGAUCAGGAUUAUAAUGGGGACCACUGGGGGGGUGACAGAUUUUGGAAUGCGAUUUCCACAUUUAGUUUGGAGUCGGACCAAGAGAGAUCUACUGAAGAAAGCAUUAAACAUACUUCACUUUCACCAAACUAUUAUCCCCAAGGUCUUUAUCAAUCAGCAAUCGUCGGCACUGAUAAGCAGCCUGAUCUAGAGUAUAUAAUGGAUGUGGAUCCCAACAAAAACUACUCAGUAUGGUUGCACUUUGCAGAGAUAGAUUCUUCGGUCAGAGAGGCAGGACAAAGGGUAUUUGACAUUCUGAUAAAUGGUGACACAGUUUUCCAAAGUGUGGACAUUGUCAAAUUAAGUGGAGAUCGUUAUGCUGCUCUGGUUCUAAACACGACCAUUGCUGUUAGUGGGAGGACUUUGACAAUAACCUUGCAACCAAAAGAAGGCAAUAUUGCUAUCAUUAAUGCCAUUGAGGUCUUUGAAAUUAUUGGAGUUGAGUCAGGAACCUCAAGAGACGAGGUUCGGGCGCUGCAAUCCCUGAAGAAAUCAUUGGCACUUCCCCUUAGAUUUGGUUGGAAUGGUGACCCAUGUGUUCCCCAACAACAUCCAUGGAGUGGGAUUGAUUGCCAGUAUAAUGCCACCAGCAAUGCUUGGGUCAUUGAUGGACUUGGACUUGCCAACCAGGGUUUGAGAGGUUUCUUGCCCGAAGAUAUAUCUAAACUGCAACAUCUUCAGAGCAUAAACCUGAGCGGAAACAGCAUUCAGGGAUCGAUUCCUUCUUCUCUCGGUAGCGUCACUACCAUGCAGAUAUUGGACCUCUCCUACAAUUUCUUCAAUGGAUCAAUUCCAGAGAGUAUGGGCCAGUUGACAUCGUUAAAAAGACUAAAUCUCAAUGGAAAUGCUUUAUCUGGGCGUGUCCCGGCAGCACUGGGAGGAAGGCUUCUGCAUGGAGCUAGCUUCAACUUCACCGAUAAUUCUGGCCUUUGUGGUAUACCUGGACUUCCGACUUGUGGGCGUCACCUGUCAGUUGGUGCUAAGGUCGGCAUCGGUUUAGGGGUGUGUAUUGCGUUUCUAUUGCUUGUGAUGUUCUCUGUGUGUUGGUGGAAAAGGCGGCAGAAUAUUCUGCGAGCGCAGCAGAUUGCUGCUCGAGAAGCACCUUAUGCCAAGGCAAGAACUCAGUUCUCACGCGAUAUUCAGAUGACAAUACACAAUAACCAUGGCUUCGCUCGAACAGCUUCCGAGAAUGGGCCUAGCUUGUUAUCAUAGCAUACCAUGCGUUCAUUGCCUCCUAAGUUACAUAAAUCAUGUCAAAGGCGGAUACCAACUCAACGCCCUGGCUCUCAUGUCUAGUGAACCUUUGGCCUUGCGAGCACUGUUCAAUCGGAAGGGUAUGCCUCACAAGCUCCUGUUUCUGUGAAAGAUUUUUGUUUCCCAUGUAUUGAACGGCCAAAGAGGGGUGAAAUGCUUGUAUCUUCUUACUUUUACAUUCAUUUAGGGGAAUCUGAAAAGAUGUAAAUCAUCUCUCUUUCCGUAACCAAGAUGAUGUUUGCAUUUGUAUCUCAGUAAAUUUUCAUCAUAGAUGUUAGAGUUACAUAACGUAGAAAUGCGACAUGUAUAUUACUGCAUUUUUAUCUGGUUUGUUAAGUCUUGUUUACAAAUAAUGUAUUCCAGAUCGAUCUGCAGUUGCUUUGACA